UCAAGUACAAAAUUGCUUUCAAAGUAAUCCAGCGAGACACGCAAGCUGGCUGUAUACGAGUUAGAGACUGCACAGUGAUGGAAAAGGAUGCGAGACCGAAUUGGGAGAAUCCCAUGCAAUUUGUACUUGCUUGCGUCUCCUACGCUGUCGGACUGGGAAAUGUUUGGCGUUUUCCAUAUCUGUGUCAAAUGCACGGCGGAGGUGGCUUUUUGAUCCCAUAUCUGAUCAUGCUGGUCCUGGAGGGUGUGCCUCUAUUCUACAUGGAGCUCGCUAUAGGCCAGAAGAUGCGUCUUGGCAGCAUCGGUGCGUGGUCUGCCAUUAGCCCCUAUCUAGGCGGCAUUGGUCUUGCCAGUGUCCUGACUUCCCUGUAUCUGUGUCUGUAUUACAACAUCCUCAACGCCUGGAGUUUCUGGUACCUCUUUAAUUCCUUUCAGUCCGUUCUGCCCUGGGCAGAGUGCCCGCUGAACGCCAACAUGACGGGCCCGGACGAGGAGUGCGAACAGGCCACGCCCACCCAGUACUUCUUCUACCGGCAGACCCUGAACAUCUCUUCGUCCAUCGAAGAGACGGGCGGGCUGCAACUGGGUCAGGUGCUCUGCCUGCUGCUGGCCUGGGCCUUCACCUUCCUCUUCAUCCUCCGUGGAGUCAAGUCCACGGGAAAGGUGGUCUACUUUACUGCCACAUUUCCAUACGUCGUCCUCUUCAUCUACCUGAUCCGAGGGCUCACCCUGCAUGGAUCUGCCAACGGUAUCAAAUUCAUGUUCACCCCCAAGAUGGAACAGCUUGCCGACCCCAGAACCUGGGUCAACGCCGCCACCCAGAUCUUCUACUCCCUAGGUCUGGGCUUCGGCUCUCUCAUAGCCUUCGCCAGCUACAAUGAAUACAACAACAAUUUUGAGCGGCAGGCCAUUGUCGUGUCAAUGAUCAACAGUGGGACGUCCAUUUUUGCCUGUAUAGUCACCUUUGCUAUAUACGGCUUCAAGGCUACCGUCAACUAUGAGAGCUGCUUGGAAAGGACGCGGAUGCUGCUGCUGAAUACCUUCGACAUGGCGGAGGAGCUCAUCACUCUGGACAACGUUGGCGGAUGGCUGGAGACGCUGAACAGCACGUACCCGGAGCAGUUUGCCGGCUUGUCGGGUGUGUUGGAGGAGUGCGACCUGGAGGCUGAAUUGGGAAACGCUGUGGAAGGGGCCGGCCUGGCCUUCAUAGUGUACAGCGAGGGUAUAAAGAACAUGCCUCUUCCCCAGCUGUGGUCUGUGCUCUACUUCUUCAUGUUGCUCACCAUUGGCAUGGGCAGCAUGCUGGGCAAUGUCACCGCCAUCAUCACCCCUCUGAGAGACUUCAAGGUUGUGUCUCGUAACAUCAGCAUCGAGGCUCUCAACGCCCUGGUUUGCGUGUUCUGUCUCCUGGUGGGGCUGAGCUUCACCACACGCCAGGGAAACUACUGGUUCACCAUGUUCAACGACUACGCAGCCAGCUUCUCCCUCUUCUUCAUCGUCCUCGUGGAGGUCAUCGUCGUCAGUUACGUGUACGGGAUAACGAGGUUCGAAAAGGACGUAGAGGACAUGCUGGGCCGUAAACCGAGCUGGUUAUGGAAAGUCCUCUUGGUCGCAGUCAGUCCUGCGCUGCUCUUGUGUCUGUUUAUCUUCUACAUCGUCGGCUACAUCCAGGGAGGAACGCCCACCUACAAAGCCUGGGACAAAGACCUGGGGCGUUCAGUGGUGAUGGAGUAUCCUGUCUAUGGCCAGGUCUUCAUCGGUCUGCUCCUGGUCUCAACCAUAAGUUGCAUCCCACUGAGUGCACUCUAUACAUACUGCAGGCGCAAGGCCCGACCCGCGACACCGGAUCCGUCCCAAAUUGCUCUGAGGGAGCCUGAUGCGUGGGUUGUUCCACCGUCAGAACACUGUUCCCAAGGAUAACCUCGUCCCUCGCCCCCACUCGGCCGGGAGGUCCGCUGUGUACCAGCCAAGUGGAGACAUAUUGCCUUUCCAAAUUUCUUGCUUUCUCUUUUCUCGCCUCAAUCUCAAUCUCUCUCUAUCUUUGCGUCUGUCUCUCUCUCUCACUCUCUCCCUGUCUCUCUGUCUCUCUCUUGCUCCCCUCUCACCCCCUAUCUCGCCCUAUGUAUCUAUUUCUAUAUCUAUACCUAUAUCUAUGUAUAUUGUAAGGUUGCGGAUUGACGCCCCGCCCUCAUGGGUAAAACCUUCAGUUACACGAUGCUUAUGCUAAUGAUCAUGUGUUUUCCCCACGUGUGAUUGGCUGACCAUUAUGUUAAUUUGGAUGUGCCUUUCCCCGGACGUGAUUGGCUGCUGCACCGGAGGGCCG